AUGGUAGCCCAUGAACAUCAUGAUGACGACGACGAGGAGAAAAUGACACCGUUCUUGGUGGCAGAAAAGUACGGCAUAGUUGAAUUGGUGGAAGAGAUUCAAUCCAGGAUACCAAGUGCCAUCUACAACCCCAACUUAAGAAAGCGAAACGUGUUACUGCUUCGAAACCAAAAGUUUGGGAGAACAUGGUGCUGGCAACAGAUUAUAAGGAGAACACAAUGUUGCACUUGGCGGCAAAACAGCCUCUUGGCAAGGACAGUGUCUCUUAAACGAGAAGAUGAAGAUGAUGAUAACGAGGAGACCAAGUCUGACAACCAGGACUCAAAAGAGAAGAACCAGAUUUUUAAACUCGAGAUACUAGCUGGAAAUGCCAGAAAAGUGAGCGCUUUUCGGUUCGAAAGGAUAAAUGGUGAGGAUGAGAUGUUGGAGGCCAAAGAAGUAACUCACUUUGUCCCUAAAAUUGUGAAGAGAAAAUGGAAUAAUGGUGAGGACUCGGACGAUGCAGACUACGAUGGAGAUGCAUUUGCGACGAGACCGCAGCACGAGAUUUCUAGCGAGUAUAUAGAUGAUCAGGAAAAUUCUGACAGAGAUUAAGGUUCACUCUUUUCAUUUUUUGUUCUUCUUUAGAUCUUUUUGGCAUGUUUUGGUGCCAUUUUUGCAACACCAUGUAAGAUGGGAAGGUACAUAUUGAAAAUGAGAAUCAAUAAUGUGAACACAUUCAUAAUUUUGUUCAAAAGGGAAUGGGGGGUGUUUACACCAAUAAGCCUUGUAACUCAAUUGAGAUUAGCCCUUUUUGCAAGUUUUGAAAUCAUGGGUGUGAUGAUCAUCAUCAUAAUGAGGGAUUGAUCUUCUACUUAACUCCUUUAUCAUUUGUUUGCACAUUUAAUGUCAAUGUACCACCAAAAGAAAACUCAGGUGAAAAUUUUCAUGAAUUAGUUUCAUGUGCAAACUUACCCAUCGAAUUUAUUUAUGA